AGGCGCCGGCGGUGUCGUCAGUGGCGCGCCGGGCGGCGGAGACGGGGGCCGGCUGGUUUGGUCUCUGCCGCGUGGGGCGGCGGCAUGGAACGGGAAGCCGGCCCUGUGGGCGCGCGCCGGGCGCUGGGCCGCCUGGUGGAGGCGGUGCUGGCAAACCGAGGCAAGGCCAACGCCGUGUUCGACAUCCUGGCCGUGCUGCAGUCUGAGGAUCGGGAGGAGAUCCAGGAAGCGGUGCGCGCAUGCAGCCGACUUUUCGGGGCCCUGCUGGCCCGCGGAGAGCUGUUUGUGGGCCAGCUGCCCUCUGAGGAGAUGGUCAUGGCAGGGUCCCGGGGGGCCACUCGCAAGUACAGGGUGUGGAUGCGGCACCGGUACCACAGCUGCUGCAACCGCCUGGGGGAGCUCUUGGCUCGCUCCUCCUUCCAGGUCAAGGAGCUGGCCCUCAGCACGCUCAUGAAGUUCGUGCAGCUGGAGGGCGAGCACCCCCUGGAGAAGCCCAAGUGGGAAGGCAACUACCUGUUCCCCCACCAGCUCUUCAAGUCGGUGGUAGGAGGCCUGCUCUCUGCAGACGAGGACCACUCCCUGCUGCUUUGUCAGUUCCGGGAGUACCUGGAACACGACGACAUCCGCUACCACACGAUGCAGGCCGCCACGGACGCUGUGGCCCGGGCCACUGAUGGGCGCCCUGAGGUGCCCCUCACUUUUUGGAACAACGCCUUCACGCUGCUGUCCUCCGUGAGCCUGCCCCGCCAGGAGCGCGCCCCCUCCAGCUUCUAUGUGAAGCACGCGGAGCUCUCGGACAAGUGGAAGGUCGUGCAUCUGAGGGAGCACAGGAAGGCCUUCCAGCAGAUGUGGCUCGGCUUCCUCAAGCACCAGCUGCCUCUCCGCAUCUGCAAGAAGGUGCUGGUGAUCACGCACGACUCCGUCCUGCCUCACCUGGCACAGCCCCGCCUCAUGAUCGACUUCCUCGCCCGCGCCUGUGACCUCGGUGGAGCCGUCAGCCUCCUGGCUUUGAACGGACUUUUCAUCCUGAUUCAUAAGCACAACCUGGAGUACCCUGAUUUCUACCGGAAGCUGUAUGGCCUGCUCGACCCGUCUGUCUUCCACGUCAAGUACCGGGCCCGCUUCUUCCACCUGGCCGACCUCUUCCUGUCAUCCUCGCAUCUGCCGGCCUACCUGGUGGCCGCCUUCACCAAGCGCCUGGCCCGCCUGGCCCUGACGGCGCCCCCCGAGGCCCUGCUCACGGUCCUGCCCUUCAUCUGCAACCUGCUGCGCAGACACCCAGCCUGCCGCGUCCUCGUGCACCGCCCCAGGGGCCCUGAGCUGGACGCCGACCCCUAUGACCCCCGAGAGGAGGACCCCGCCCAGAGCCGAGCCCUGGAGAGCUCCCUGUGGGAGCUGCAGGCCCUCCAGCGGCAUUACCACCCCGAGGUGUCCAAGGCCGCCAGCGCCGUUAACCAGGCGCUUUCCGAGGCCGAGGUCAGCAUUGCGCCGCUUCUGGAGCUCACCGCCUUCCAGAAACUGACCAUUAAUAUAGUCCCUGGGAUCGAGCUUCCCUGGUGGCACAGUAGUUAAGAAUCCACCUGCCAGUGCAGGGGACACAGGUUUGAGCCCUGGUCCAGGAAGAUCCCACAUGCUGCAGAGCAACUAAGCCCGUGCGCCACAACUACUGAGCCUGUGCUCUAGAGCCCACGAGCCACAACUACUGAGCCCGUGUGCCACAACUACCGAAGCCCGCGCGCCUAGAGCCCGUGCUCUGCAACAAGGGAAGCCACUGCAAUGAGAAGCCCCGGCACCGCAACGAAGAGUAGCCCCUGCUCGCCGCAACUAGAGAAACCCUGUGCGCAGCAACAAAGACCCGACGCAGCCAAAAAUAAAUAAAUAAAUAAAUUUAUAUAUAUUAAAAAAACAGUCCCCGGGACCCCAGUCCCAGACACGACCAUGGUUGCCAGCUUGGUGCGUAUCUGCCCUCUUCCCAGCGUCCCUUUAACGAAAAAUCCCAGCAUCACAUCACAGGUCUCGUGUGCCCCGGCCACCCCUCUGCCUCGGAAACAUGACGACACAGUGUGUGCACGUGGCAUUCUCGUUGACUGGCCGCCCCGCAUGUCCCCUGAGUUGUGGUGUAUUGAAUUGUCAUCGAAUGUCUGUCAUUGAUUCCCCCUUUCUUUUUUGACCUGUGAGGAAUUUGUUUGAAUUUCCGAGAGGCCGUUACUAAUUUCUAGUAUUACUGGGCACAACAGAUUCCUGGGAAGUGGAUUAAAUAUUAAACGUGUGA